UCAGACUCAGCUGUUCGUAACUACGCAGUGUUUAUUUACGUUUUGUUGUACGCUUUGUUGUAAGUUGCAAAAUACUUAAAUUGUUAGUUGUUAAAAGUGAAUCAUGACCAUUUAAUAAAUUUUAUAAUCAUAAUUUCAACUGAUUAUAAAAAUCAACUUGGAACAGAAAUGACGGACAGUGUAUACAGAAGCUUUGGUGAAAUGGAAGAACUAAAACCAAAAUCUGGAUGGCACACAGAUUCGGGUGCUAUGGACAGUCUUUACAAAAGCCUGCAGAAUGAUUUGGAGGAAGCAAAACUGCAAACAACACAACAAAAUGAAGUGGUUGAGUUUGAAAACAACUCAGAAAAUUUCAUGAAAUUACUAAAUGACUGUCUGGAGGAGGACUAUGAAAUAGUCCAGGAUUUGGACAGGCUAUUAAGUGAUGCAAGGUACUACCAUGCAAAUUGCAAUAUUGCCAAGACAACUGGCACGGCUGCAAGUUGUGGGGGUGCUGCCAUAAUGAUUGGUUCUUUUGUGUCUGCACCACUUACAGCUGGACUGUCUGCGAUACCUGCAGUAGUUGGAGCUGGAUUGUCACUAAGUGGAGGAGUAACAAAUCUCGUAACAGAUUUUAUUGCUAAUCGCAUUACACAAGGGAUUAUCAAUGAGAUCAAAGAAAAAACUGAAAAGAAACAAAAGUCCAAUAAUAGUUUAAAUAUGCAAAUUAAUAAUGUUAGGAAGAUUCUCACUUACUUUGGCUCUCAGGGAAUAUCUCAAAAAUGUGGUUUGACAACAAUUUUAAAAGCAAUUGCAAAUGAGACUUUGGACUUGACAAAUUUACCAAAUACUAAUAUUAUGAAAACAUUUGCCCUUAGUGCGGUUGUUAUGCAUGAAGCAGAAGAUGUGGCUUUAAAAUAUUUACCUAAAAUAGGAAAGUACAUUUCAAUUUCAGAAAAACACUUGAGAAUGAUAUAUUCUUUCUUUGGAUUAACAAAUACAGGAACAUCUAUCCUGAAAACAGCAGCUGGUUUAAUAGGUGUUGUAUCAGCUGGAGUCUUUGCCAUAGUUGAUAUUUCCUUAUUAAUAAGAGACUGGCAAUCAAAUCCACCAUCAGAAAAGGCGAUUAUCGACAUUAAAACACAACUGCUUGCCGAAAUCGACAAUCUUAAAGAGUUACAAGAAAUAAUAGAGUCUCUAAAAGACAAAGUUUGGCACAGUAAAUUAUUGCACAUCCCAAUUGUAGGACCUUCAGAGGAAGUUGUGAACCGUUUUAUCGCCAACAUCGAAAACUCGAACAAAGCACAAUUGGAUGCCAUGCUAAUUAACUUAGAACAGUCCAAUGUAUUGAAAAAUGUUACCGCAGCUAUGAUAUCAAAGGCAAUAGAAGUUGAGAAGCUUAUUGUGUGUUCGAAAGUUGAACUCAAGCUAUCAUAUGACUUGGUGGACCAAAACACUAAAGAUACAGAACCUUCUGUUAAGCAUAUACAUAUCAUUCACCAAAGUGUGUUAAACAUUUUCAAUGAUAUUACACAAGAGUUCAUUAAAUCAAGAAAAUUAAAACCUAUAACUGUACCAAACAAUGAAACACUUUCAGACUCUAUAAAAAAAUGUAUUGACACGUUUAUGGUGGCAAAAAUUGAUGACUCGACGCAGUACAUCGAUCUGCAUACCAACGAGUACCUAGCAAACGAAAGCGCACUGAAGAAAGCAUGUGUUAGGCAAACUGGUCGCCUUUACGACUGUCUGGAACCGUCAAAAGAACUUUUCGAGGAAAUAAACAUCGCUGUGAAAAACAUCAACGAUAACAGCCUAUUUGUGGAUCAAAUGGCACUAAGAAUUUGGCUAAAACAAAAACAUGAUACCAAAAGGAACAGACUCAUAUUCGAUCGAGCCGAGAAUGAGAUAAAACACAUGUUUUAUAAAUUACAAGAUGACCUUUCACAGUGGGUAGAAACCAUUAAGUACAAACAGUAAUAAUUGUAUGAUUUGUUAAUAAACUAAUGUUAAGGAUUAAUAAAUGGCAUGAUUUACUUGAAAUACAA